UGCAUUUUAGGUCGGUGUUUUGCUCUUUGUUUCAUGGUUUCUGGUUUCUGAUCUCGCUUUUAAUUUCUUGUUUUUUCACAUUGUUUUCUAAUGCCUGUUCCGCCUGUUUAUGGCCUUGAAUAAUGACAAUACGGUCUUGAACGCAUACACAACAGUAAUAGUAACAAUAGCAGUCAUCAGCUAGCUUGUUUAAUCCAGCGUUAGUGUGAAUCUUAUCUUCUUCACAUGUUUUUAAAGACACCACAGAGAACAUUUCCUCCAAUCAGAGAAAUAUUCAUUGUAGUUUGAGAACAGGGCAUAAUAAAAAAAAAAAGGUUAUUUUCAAGGAACCAUGGGAAAAUGGUACCUCAGAGUUUAGGGUGUUUGAAUCAUAAUAAUGAGUUCAUCAGCUCAAAUCCCAGCACCACAUGUGGCUGCUACUGUUGGGCCCUUUAGCAAGGCCUAUAAGUCACUUGUUCAUGUGUAUAAGUGAGAUAAUUAUACGUUCUCUGGAUGAAGAUGUCUGCCAAAUGCUAAUAAUAGUAGCAUUUGGAUUGGAUCCGCAUAUGAAAAUAAAGACCGGAAACUUGAACAAUUGACAAAUCGACAUAACGUAAAACCCAGAUCAUCGAAAAUUCUUCACAUCACUUCAUAUCAGCCUGGCGCGCGCUACGUUCCCGGUGAACGGACGUCGUGAUGCUGCUGCUGUUGCUGCUGCCGCUGCCGCCGCUCCGGAGACGAUCAGCCCGAUGACACCACAGUCUGCAGCGGCACUACAGUGAAGGGCGCCAUUCAAUCCGAUGAAAAUGCGUGUCUGGAUACUGACACUAAUCUUGCUGCUUGCCGCUUCUCUGAGCCUGGUUGAGAUGUAUGACAAUUAUGGGGAGAUCUGUAGGAAUUUGUGCACUUGCGAGGAAAAAGAGGGCGUCCUGACGGUCAGCUGCGAAAACCGGGGCAUCGUGAGACUGUCGGAGAUCAGCCCGGUUAAUUUCCCCACCUAUCACCUUCUCCUGACGGGGAACUUGCUGAAAAAAUUGUCCGUCAAUGACUUCAUCAACUACACCGGAGUCACCAUUUUGCAUUUAGGCAACAACGACAUAUCGGAAAUGGAGACCGGAGCUUUUAAUGGACUGCAGGGAUUAAGGCGGUUGCACGUGAACAACAACAAAAUAGAUGUUCUUAGGGAUGAUACGUUCACUGGAUUAGAAAACCUGGAAUACCUUCAGAUUGAUUACAAUUUUAUUAGUAUUAUUGAACCCAGUGCUCUCAGCAGGCUCCACCAUCUGACUGUGCUCAUUUUGAAUGACAAUCUUUUGUCAUCGCUGCCUACUAACAUUUUCCGAAAUGUGCCCUUGACCCACUUGGAUCUCAGGGGCAACCGCUUGAAAAUGUUCCCUUACAUUGGCCUUUUGGAGCAUAUGGACAAAGUGGUGGAAUUACAGCUAGAGGAGAAUCCCUGGAAUUGUUCUUGCGAACUUAUCUCGCUAAAAGCGUGGCUGGAAAGCAUCGCCUAUACAGCGCUAGUUGGCGAGGUGGUCUGCGAGACUCCGUUUCGCCUGCACGGCCGCGAUCUCGACGAGGUCUCCAAGCAGGAGCUUUGCCCUCGUAGGGCCAUUUCGGAAUAUGAGAUGCGCCCGCCGCCACCUCUUAGUACAAACGGAUAUUUUCAGACGACACCAGUGGCAGUGACUUCCUCUGCUACAUCCUCAGCAGUGCUGAGGUCCUCAUCCCGACCUACCAAAGGCACUCGGCAGUCCAACAAGACCAGGUCCAAGCCCACUUCUCGCAUCCCGGGCAAUCCCUACAACUAUGGGCCAAUCAUAGCUUUUCAGACCAAAUCUCCCGUGCCUUUGGAUUGCCCCACGGCAUGCACGUGCAACCUUCAGAUCUCGGAUCUUGGGCUCAACGUCAACUGCCAGGAAAGGAAAAUCGAGAGCAUAUCGGAUCUAAAGCCCAAGCCGUAUAAUCCCAAAAAGAUGUACCUCACUGGAAAUUACAUCCCUGUUGUGCGCCGAUCGGAUUUCGUCGAGGCGGAGGGAUUGGAUUUGUUGCACUUGGGGAACAAUCGGAUAUCACUCAUACAUGACCGGGCAUUUGGGGAUUUAAUCAACCUGCGCAGGUUGUACUUGAAUGGCAAUUUGAUUGACAAGCUCACCGCAGACAUGUUCUUUGGGCUCCAGAACCUUCAGUACUUGUAUUUAGAGUACAACAAAAUCAAUGAGGUAGUUGCAGGUAGCUUUCGUUUCGUGCCAAACCUCCAGCUGCUUUUCCUGAACAACAAUCUUCUUAAGACCUUGCCGGGAGGCGUCUUUUCUAGCAUGUCCCUCUCAAGGCUCAAUCUACGCAACAACCACUUUCAAAACUUACCUGUCAGCGGUGUCCUCGAUCAACUCAAGGCUUUGGUGCAAGUGGAUCUUUUUGAAAACCCAUGGGAUUGCACGUGUGAUGUAGUAGGCAUGAAAAUAUGGCUGGAGCAGCUCAACUCUGGAACUGUGGUUAACGAUGUCGUGUGCGUGACUCCAAAGAGACUUGCAGGGCAAGAUAUGCGCAGCCUCCUUUCGGAACAACUGUGCCCAGAUUAUUCGGAUAUUGUUGUGUCGACAGUAGCUCCUUCAGAAGCCACCUUGGAAACGAAGGUAGUCACCACGGAGACUCCUUUGAGGUUUAACCCUCCUUCAAGCACCGUUCCAUUGUCAGUCCUUAUCCUUAGCCUCCUCCUGGUCUUCAUAAUGUCUGUUUUCGUGGCUGCUGGGCUGUUCGUUGUGGUCAUGAAACGGCGGAAAAAGUCCCAAAGCGACCGCACCAGCACCAACAACUCGGAUGUAAGCUCCUUUAACCUCCAGUACAGUCUUUAUAGCAAUCGCUCGGUCCCCAAAGUCAAACACCCAGCAGGCCAUGUCUAUGAGUACAUCCCCCAUACUCUUGGGAACAUGUGCAAGAACCCCAUUUAUAGGUCCAGAGAAGGUACUGCUGUGGAGGAUUAUCCUGAUCUGCAUGAGCUGAAGGUUGGCUACCGAAACCCCAACCAGGAAGAGCGGGACCCAGCGUCAAGGAGUCCCACAUACACUGUUAGUACCAUCGAACCUCGGGAGGAACCUUCGACCGCUCAGGAUGCCGAGCAUUUCUUCCGAGGGAUCUUAGAGCCAGACAAGACUCCAAACAGUGCCGGAAAUAGAUACGAUUACAAGUACCCCAGUCCUGGAUCUUACACGUACAACCCAAAUUUCGAUGUACGGAGGCAAUUCUUGCAUCCCGAGGGAAUUAGAGAAACUAUGCUGUACAAUUCCGCUCCAAGUACUGUCUUCGUGGAGCCAAACCGCAACGAAUAUUUGGAACUAAAGGCGAAACUCCAAAUGGAGCCGGAUUACCUCGAAGUUCUUGAGAAACAGACAACAUUUAGCCAGUUUUAAACCUUGUCUAUGAACAUGCAUACUGUUAGGGAUUUUCACCCCUAUUUCCUUGCGAAGGGUGCACCGGGGCGUACGAUGUACGCCGCCAACUUUAAAGAAAACAACAGAACAAAGGCAACAAACAAAAAUCCUCCAAAGGGGUGUGCCAAAACUGUCGUACUUUAAUUUUUAAAGAUACUUGACAUUAAAGGAAAUUUUAAAAAAGAAAAAAAAAAAAGGUCUCGGGAUGAAAGCACGAGUUGUGGUACGAAAACCGGUGAUGCAAAAAUCGCAAAAUCUAUUUUUUUAAGUUGACGAUUGAAUUGAAUACACUUAAAUAAACAAACAAAAACAAACGUAGCUGUACAGAUAAAUCCAAGUACGUUGCUUUUUUUUUUUUUUUUUUUUUGCCUUUCUUUUUUCAGGAGUAUAUUCACACAGAACUUUAACAAUACAAAAAUCGAAAAAAAAAAAAUAAAGAACACUGUACUGCAGUGCAUCUAACUGUGCAGGACAAUUCCUCUGCUCUAGUCUGUAAGUAAGUAAGUAUUUAUUGGUAUAAUCUCCAUGUAUUUUUGAACAUUAUUUGAUUCUUCAUCAUUAAUGACCUGUACCACGAUCCCUCUGUACAAGCUUUUUUGUUUGUAAUUUUUUGAUCAUUUAUUGUAGCUUGCAUUGUACAAGUGGCUUUCUUUCAGCGGUGGCACACCCUGUACCCCUCCCCUCCUUUUUCCCAUGCACCCCUUUCCCCCAAAACAACCCCCUUCCUAAAUCUUCCCAAACCUCCAAAUCCUCCACCUUCCAUUUCCAGUGUCGAAGAGACUUUUGCAUCAUUUAAAGAUUUAAAAAAAAGAAGUGUCUUUGUAUGCCGUCUGCACUUUUUGAGAAAAAAAAGUAUAUAGAAAGAAAAAAAUGGGAGGCCAACCUUGGUCUUCCAGGCUAUCAUUAGAGGAAUUAUUAUAUAUUAAAAAUGAUUAAUUCAUUCUUAAUAUGUAUUUUAAUAUGUUAUCAGAAGAAAAAAAAAGAAACAAAUUCAUAAACGAGAAUUGAAGUAAUAA